CUCCGCAGACCAGACCGUGCUUUCACAAUGCUUGACUGUUGGGGUUUUUGAUUUAUUGCGUGUGGCAGCCGCAGUUAAUCUCCUUGGAGGGGUGAUGGGGGUUACAUAGUACAGAACAACCUCAAAGUCAUGUACAGGAGGGAAAAUGACUGUUCCAGUGACUCAUGCUGACGGCCCAAUAACUGGCAGCACUCCCAAGUUACGGUUGUAGUCAUCACACAAGUGAACGCAUAACUGGGGUGGAAUUCUGUCUUUUGGUUAUCUCUCCUAGCGUUAUUUAUGGGAAGGACGUAGGUGCUGGUAUGUGAAGGUGAUCGAUAAUAGAAGAAUUAAAGCGCUGUUUCCAUGGAUAAACCAAGAAGACGGUCUCAUGUGAACAGAGUUCUGACAGAUUGAUACACACAAUUAAAACAUGUUGCCUCAACACUAAUUUGAUGGAACAUUCAUAUUCUUGGCCAAGAUUCUCCAGAGGACAUCUGUUUGGAAAUGUUAUACCGGAAAUGAUUUUAAAGAACAUAGACACCUACUUUACAAAUAUUUUAGUCUUAGUCUUCAGUGUUCUCUAAAGUAGGUAAAGACAUAGCUUUUCCGAAUACGUUUGUUGAACAUGACUCAUGGAGAAGAGCUUGGCUCUGAAAUGCAACAGGAUCCCAUUGUUUUAACGUAUCUAGAAGGAUUACUAAUGCAUCAAGCAGCAGGCGGCUCUGUAACAGCGGUUGACAAACUUUCAGGCCGUGUAAAAGCUGAAGAUAACUUUAACAUUUCUGGGAAUGUUUUUACGAACUGUAAGAAUAAUGCCCCGGUGCACAACAGUAAUCAGUCAUCCGGCAUGUUGCAUCUCAAGAAGGCCAGACUUUUGCAGUCUUCAGAGGACUGGCACGCUGCAAAGAGAAGGCGUUUAUCUGAUUCUAUCAAUGGAAAUGGCAAAAACGAAUCUCUAUUAGCUGGGAUGGUUGAAAAUGUUCCAAAAGGGAAACAAGAUAGCACGUUGCUGGCUUCUUUGCUGCAGUCAUUCAGUUCUAGGCUGCAGAGUGUUGCACUGUCUCAACAGAUUAAACAAAGUCUUAAAGACCAAGGCUUUUCUCUUAAUCAGCAGGGAAACCUGGAAGAAAAGGAUACCCAAUGUUAUGGUUUGGCUUCGAAUCACUUAAAGACUCUUUUAAACAAAAGCAGAUCAAAAGAUAAUCCAUUGGACAGUAAUUUGACUGGUCUGCCUAAAAGUUCUAUUCAGGAAAAGUUUGCUGAACCUUCUCUUUCCGCACAAGGUACCAAUAAAGUGGUAGGUGAGCCUAUUUCAUGUGCUGCAAGACUUCAAGCUGUUGCUAAUAUGGUAGAGAAAAGGUCAAGUCCCGCCGCUUCGCCUAAACCAAGUGUGGCCUGUAGUCAGCUUGCACUUCUGCUUUCUAGUGAGGCACACUUGCAGCAGUACUCUAGGGAGCAUGCCCUUAAAGCACAGAGCGCAAGUCAGUUAGCAAGUGAAAGGCUGGCAGCAAUGGCGAGAUUAAAGGAGACUUCAGAGAAAGAUUUUGGCCGGCUUCAGUUGCCAUCAAAUGUGCCCACUAGUCUCAAUGCCCAAGUAAAGACUGUCACCAAUGGAUUAAGUAAUGCAGGCAAUAUCUCUCCAUUUCCAAGCACGCUUGGUGUUCCAAACUCUCCUCUGAAAACAGUCGGAUAUAAGAAUCAUUUAGAAAGAAGUCACGGAAAGCCAUCACCCAACAACAGCUUGCUUCUGCACCUUCUAAAGAGCCAAAAUGGUGCCAGUGUCGGAAAAAACCUCUCACAAAAUGAGAAGUAUUCUGCGUUUGACGAAAGUGCUACACCUACGACCACGGAUGACUGUUCUGAUAACAAUCCCAGCUUUACAGAAGAGGAGAGCAGUGAUGAUGAAAGCACUCAUUCUAACUGUGUACCUAUAGAUUUGUCCUUCAAGAACAGAGUAGACAAGCCCAAGAUGUUGCAUUCUGCAGCCUCUAUUGAAAAUUUAACUGAAUCGUUGCUUCACAAUUGGGAUCCAAAAGUCAAUGGAAUUGAUAUCAGCAAAGAAAAUAAAGAUACUGUGGAUAAUUCACUAAAACCAUAUCAAAAAGUAACACUGUUACAGCUGUUGCUCGGGCAUAAAACAGACGAUCCAUCAACAAUUGAAGAUCUUCAGACACAACAGAAGGCCACAGACUUGACAAAAUUUAGUUUCCCGGCACCUGGUCCUCUCUUAGAAAGUCCAACUAUACGCAAUUCCUCUCCAUUAAAUACACUCUCUUUGCACUCAUCCUCCAAACCGGAUUCUCCGAUGAACCUAACUCACCAGCCAUUUCCAGUCAAGCCUCCUUUUACAUCAUUUAUAAACAACAUUCACCCUGAAAGGAUCAUAAAUCCAGCAUCAAGUCAUUUAAUAGAGCUUACCAGAAACAAAGCACUUCAAACAACUCAAACAACUAUCCCGCUAGUCAAGGAAAAUGCACAAAAUACAGCUUUCAGCGCUAGCAAGAUGUUACAAAAUUUAGCUCAGUGUGGAAAGCCGACAUCUCCUUCCGAUGAUCAGAGGCAGUCAAAACCGGUAGGUCUGGCUAACUCCAAGCCUGUCGGGCUGAUUGAGCGACUAAACAGUCCUCUUGUUACAAAUCCAUCACGGACAUUUGAAGAAGGGAGAGGUUUUAGUAGUCCAUCUACGCCAGUGGACCCCUCCUUUUCUGGCUCUGAAAUUGAAAACCUUCUAGAACGACGCACCGUACUUCAACUGCUGCUAGCUGCGCCUAACAGCAAAUGCAAAAACGACAAAGUGCAGAAACCAGUGAUAAAAGAUGAAGUAAACACAGAUAGGACUGCAAAGUCUCCAAGUGAGCAAAUUGUGGCUUUCAAAAUUAAAACUGAGCCUGAGGAUGAUGUCGGUGCUGGUGACCGAGAAACAAGUGUUCCAAGCCCCUUAGCAGCGUCUUUGCACAAAACUGUAAGACCGGCUCCAGAGGAUGUCAGAUCUUCACACUCUUCUCCACAUGACUUUUCACUUUCAAAAAAUGGCCUUUUAAGUCGUUUGCUACGUCAAAACCAGGAUGGCUAUGAUAUUAGUGAUCUCAAUGUAAAUAAUAGACAUUCUGAGUCCAAGCAGAUAGAUUCAAAAAUAUCUUGCAUUGUGCCUAAAAAAAGAAAAAUGCACCAAAACGACCCCGUUGAAAGCCAACUAAAGAUAGCAAAAAUAAGUUCACCAGAUGCUGGGAACCAGCGGUUCUGCACUUCACCCUCUUCUUGUGAGUCACCUUUUCUCCUCGAAGACAAAAUCAAUGGCACAAAAACUGAACAUGAUAACAAGAACCUUACGGGUCAGAAUUCCUUAAGUGGGAAUAAAAACUUGAGUUGGUCAAGAGAGAGUAAAGGUUUUAAUGUGUUGAAACAACUUUUGCUUUCAGAGAAUUGUGUCAGGGACUCUCAGCAUAGGAACAAUACACCAGUUGAUGAACUCCUAAGAGGAAACAGAAGUAACUUGUCAGGAAACUCCGAAUUCAUGCUUCCUUCUCUAAAUAUGUUCAUGGGAAAGCAUUCUCACCAAAAUAAUUUAGGUCAAAUGUCAUUUCAAUAUCCAUCUCCUUUAAAGAACUCUCCUCAUUCUUCCCCAGAUAUUUUAAGAAAUAACCCCCCAUGGACUGCUGAAUCCGGACUUGUGAAUAUGUGCCCUCCCCCCACUGAUAAAGCUCCCAUUAAAUGGGUUAUCACAGACAUGGAAAAAAAUGACUUGGGGAAAGACUCCCCUAGACUGACAAAAACCAACCCUAUAUUGUAUUAUAUGCUACAAAAGGGGGCACACACAGCUGCUAGUCAGGACUUACAAGAUCGAGCCAGCUGGACUGAGUCACUGUUGGGACAGGCAGCAGAGAUGACCUUCAAAAGAGAGUCGGCCCACAGUAGAGGAACAAACGGCAUUGGUUUCUCCAAACCGCCAAAUGGUGUAAAUAACACUUUGCAUAAUUCCAAUAGCAGCAAAUAUGGGCUUCUUGAUAUGCUAACAAUAAAAAAGGAGCCUGAAUAAAAUACUGAAAAAUUUGUAACAGAUUGUUUCGGAUUUCAGAAUUUUUGUUUUUCAUUGUAUCAUGCAUGACGUAAUAAAUGGCAUGAUCUUAUGGACAUUUUAUCAUUUUAUGGACUUAGGUUGAUCUUGCUUGUGGUUCUAGUAAAUGUACAAGUAUUGUUAUUAAAACCUCAUCUUUUUUUACCUUUAUUAUUUUAUGUUGCUCGUAAUUUAGCUGCUGGGUAUAAUAUAUGUUAUGGUUCAUGUCAGCAGUUGGCAAAUUUGGCGUUUUUCUGGGGUACUUGAAAAAAAAAAAAGGACAAAUACUAAGUUUUUAGUAUUGAACACUUUAAAUACGGGUAACUAUUACAUUACACCUCCAACCCUGCAUCAAUCAUUGCCUCACACCCCCCUAUAAGAUUAAGUAAAAUUUAAUGACAUAUACUUUGAUAACAAGAUAUUCUUUUGACUUGAGUAUUUACAGUGUUUUUAGGCAAAAUAUGAUACAUAAAACUGGCAUUUAAGUUUUCUCAGUCAUUUUUAAGCACAUAAGCAACCAGAUGGCGACAAGAACACAAUGUUUUUCAAUAUGUUAUCCUUAUUCUGAUUAUUAUGGUUUUUCUUUUGGAUACUUUUAUGUUCCUGGCAGGUUGUCCUUAAUAUAAAAUCAAUGCAGCAAGCACAGUGAAGCUGGCUGGUUACCACAAGGUCACAGCGGUGUAACCUAGUGGUAAAUGGAAUACUUAGUCUUUUUCCCUAAGUAACAAGAUUGCCAUUUGAUUUGACAAAGACUUUCCGUUUCUACAAGGAGAAUACUAAGAUGGGCCCUCAAUUAUGUGAAUAUCCAUUUUGACAUUUUGUUUAGACAAUAAUGGUAAUAAUUAUUACUUUUUAGACUGACCUUUUACAAUUAGGACUUUUUUGUUUUUCUUUUUCUUUCAUAUUUUUUUUUUUGUCUGUAGUACACUUUAUACAUAAAAUGGGUUUGUCAGAAAGAAAUGAUUGACAGGUUCUUUUUAAAUUGGUUAACCAUAAGAAUAGGUUAUUAUAAUGGGAUUUUGAGGAUCCUACCCUCAGUCCCCACUGUGGCUGUGCCUUGUACUCAAACCAAUCCUCAUUCACAUAAAUGUUGAGAUUAAAGGGGUAUUCAAGGCAAAAACUUUUUUUUAUAUAUCAACUGGCUCCGGAAAGUUAAACAGAUUUGUAAAUUACUUCUAUGAAAAAAUCGUAAUCCUUCCAAUAGUUAUUAGCUUCUGAAGUUCUAACUGCUGUCUAACUGCUUUCUGAUGACUCGCGUCCCGGGAGCUGUCCAGCUCCUAUGGGGAUAUUUUCCCAUCAUGCACAGCUCCCUGGACGUGACAUCAUCAUUGAGCAGUUAGACAGAAAACUUCAGAAGCUAAUAACUAUUGGAAGGAUUAAGAUUUUUUAAUGUUUAACUUUCCUGAGCCAGUUGAUAUAUAAAAAAAAAGUUUUUGCCUGGAAUACCCCUUUAAGUAUCAGACACAGCUUUGCAUAAGUACAUGGAUAACCAUUGAAGGCAAAGUUCUUGUUCUUCUGAUCGGGAAGAUUCUGGUGGUCACACCCCAACUAAUCAUACAUGUCCUGUCUUAAGGAUAGUCUGUGGUUUUUGUUCAGAAGAUGCAUAGAAAUUGAUAGUUUGGGCAUCAUCACCCCAAAUGAGCUCAUGGUAAAGCACAGUGCUUUUACAGCCAAUGCAUAUAGUCCAGGGCACCGAGUCAAUAUGAUCUAUAUGAGCCAUUAUUUAAAGUACCCUUACAAACAGACUUCCUCUCUUUCUGGUUAAGAAUACUUUUUGUUAUUGAAUCAUAUUAAAGUACAUACAAAAUACAAGUAUCUAACCUAUAAAAACAAAUCCUCAAAGGACGAUUGUCUGUACAAAUGGGAGGAUUUAGGUUAGUAAUUUCCAUACUGCAGUGCAAAAUGUUGUGAUGAGGUCUAGUUUUUGGCUUUAUUGUGUACCAUACCAUAUGUAGGUGAUCUUCUUACAUCCUUAAUAUAGCUAUAUCGAAACAUAUUUAAACUCUAUACUGCUCAAUAUCGCCUAAUGUCUCAUAAUAGACCCUGUAGGGAGGCAGGGUCCCUGUGGACCCAUCAUACAGGGCAUAGGAAUUCAGUGUGUCUUCAUAGUGCACAUCAAAGUCUCAACUUGAAGCACUAAUUCUUGGGGAGCAUACCUAAACCAUACAGCAAAUGUUGGGACAGGGCACUGUAUUAGAACUGUUUAAAAAAACAAUUAGAGCCCCUCCACAGGUGUAAUCUGACCCAAUUGAAUUCUAUGGGUGCUAUAUGGCUCCAUAAAACUCGAAGGUUGUAUAGAGGCAUUAUAUGGUCUUGAAUAUUUAAAAAAAGAACAUAGUGGCACCCCUCCAUUAUCUGCAGCCUUUUAUUUAUAGUCCACUACAAAAUAUGGGUAAUUAACAGUUCUGAAACAUUUAGAAACGAACACCUGUUUUUCCAGCUUAAAGAAAACCUAUCGUCACGUUCUUGCUGAGUGGAACCACAAGUCAUUAGGAUGGUGCCCGAUGGCUUCUCCCCACCCUGCCAACCUUGAUUGAUAGAUCUUUCCCUAUACCUAAGCAGGAAAAAGCUGCUGGGGACAAACCCGGUCAGGUAAUGGUUUAGGAAAAAUCAUGACCGGUUCCCUUUUAAGUUUGACAUCAGGAUAAGAGUCCCACAAAUAAAACAUAUACUGGUGUAAUACAGAGCAGGUUACAAGUAGACUACGUUUGUUCUAUUGCCAAGUCUAUGGCCAUGCCAUGAUAUAGGUUGUAGUACCUUUGUGAGGAAAUUCCGAUGUAUACCCAAAAUGUAUAGCCAGAACAUGAUGUGAAUGUUCCUAUAAAAUGAUUUGCCCAAAAGAUUGUCUUAUCGCCAAUAAAACAAUUAGCUAAAUUAUUAGACACAAAGUAAAUGAAUGAAACCUUAACUAAUUCUCCAAAAUGUAGAAUUGUUUUGAUGUAAUUGGAAAACAAAAUAUGAAAUAUAUGGUUUGAUAAAAAGCUGUAAUUUCAGUAAAACAUACAGAACACUAUAUGUUCACAUAGCGCAAAGCCACACUUGUGGCUUUGGUUAUAGUAGGUUUCUUUAUGCUAGAAAUACCUAUUUCUGCAUAUACAAUAUAUAUUUAACCAAAAGCACAACUUAAUAUUUUAUUAAAUUCUUCUUUGAAGUCAAUCUGCUUUCAAUAUUUCCCCCUUUUGACAGUAUAGGGAACAUUCUGGAACAAUCCCUUAGUAUUAUAGUUUACAUAUUUGAAGAAUUCAUAUUGACAUGUCAGUUUUUUUCAAUAGAAAAUUCAGCGAAUGGAUGUGUUCUUUACUACUUCUGCCUACAUUUUCUUUUACCAUUAGCUUUGCUAAAUCAGACUUUAAGAAUGUUAUUUUAAGUUGAAUUCUGACCUAAAUACUAUCAAAAUGGUCAGAUGCUAAAGUUUUAUUCUUUGAUUCCCCCUUAUUUAUUAUAUGGGUGAUUAACUAUUAAUAUCUUGUUUACAGUCUGCCAAAAUUUAGCUUUUGUGUCUUAUACCAUUGCAAACACAUAAUAAAUCUAGUGCUUUAGCUAUGGCCCGGGUGAAUAUCCAACCAAUCAAUGUUUUAUUUAAACACAAAAAUUUUACACAGUUAUUUACUUCAAGAGGCAGCUAACAGUUUACAUGUGAAUUAUCGAAAAUAACAUUUUACUGAGUAUCUCUGUGACAUGCCCUCACUUGUUGUGUGCCUAAAAAUAUGUAUAUAGAUAUACAGUAUGCUGUGUAUAUAAAUAGAAGUAAUAUGUGGAGUAACACAUUUAAAGGACAUCUGCAGCGUUAUAACACUUAUAAGUGUUAGGGGAUAAGUGAUCGUGGGGGGUAGGGGAUAAGUGAUUGUGGGGGGUCCGACCACUGGGACCCCCCACAAUCUCCCAAACGGGGCCCCGCAUUGCCGCUCUAUGUGAGCGGCUAAUGCGCGUAGUAUCGAUGGUACGCCCCCCUCCCCAUACAGUACUAUGGGAGAGGCGGGGAGGCACAAAUGCUGCCUCCCGCCUCUCCUGUAGAACUACAUGGAGGAAGCAUGUCGGCCGCUACACACACCUCCUGCAUGGGAGAGCCGUGGCAGAGCCGUUGCCCCGUGCAGGAGAGCGUUUGGACCCCCCCACGAUCAAACACUUAUCCCCUAUGCUGUGAAUAGGGGAUAAGUGUUAAUGCACUACAGAUGGCCUUUAAAUUAGAAAAUAUCUUCCUGUCCUAUAAUGUAUUUUUUAUCCCCACAAAUUAUGAAAUGGGUACAUUAGUUCAUAGCAAGUGAAACAAUUUACCUUUUGUGAUAAGCUGGAGAAUUCUGUCUAAUAAUUAAAAAUUAAGUUUGAAUGAAAAAAAAAAUAUUUUUAUUUUUUUUGCUCUAAUUGUAAGAAUUUUAGGGUACCAUGUAUGGCUCAGAGCUAUGUGCAUAAGGGCAUGCAGGGUCCUAUGAGUCCAUAGGCCAUGAUUAGGUGCCUCAGCCCUGGUACUAAAAAGAUAGCCUCCUCUAAAAAGCAAUACCUCGGUUACAUUCCUUCAUUUAUUUUUCACAUUCAAUUCUGUCUAUGGGGCAAUACAGUGAUACAUUAUGGCCCAAUAUAUGUUUAUACAGCUCAAAGGUUGUACAGAGCACUAAUAUUUUGGUGCAUAGGAAUGCAAGGUAUAAAUCUUUAAAAAUAUUUAUAUUUUCUGAUACUGAUAGUUUCAACUCACGCCUGAAGGGACGUGGAGUUACAUGAGAAAAAUCUGUCAUCUUUGAAAGAAACGUAGGAGUUGUCUUGCAAUAGAAGCAAAAUUAAUAGUGCUCUGAGUGACUUAAAGGGGUACUCCGCCAGAAAACAUUUUAUCCCCUAUCCAAAGGAUAGGGAAUAAAAUGUCUGAUCACAGGGGUCCUGCCACUGGGGACCCCUGCGAUCUCUGCUGUGGCACCCCAGUCAUCCUGUGCAUGGCGCGAACUCUGCUCCGUGCCGGAUUACUGGCGACUACAGCCACCACGCCCCUCUAUUCAUGUCUAUGGGAGGAGAUGUGACUGCUACAUACUAGCUGUCGCACCCCCUCCCAUAGACAUGAAUGGAGGGGGCGUGGCAUGAUGUCAUGAACACAGAAGCCCCAAGCUUCCGUGUUCCGGACGCCAACACGGCCGGCCCAGAGAUCGCCGGGGGAUAAGAUUUUUUUUUCUGGCAGAGUACCCCCUUAAAGAAAUUAAGUGAUAUUCAUCUUCCUGGUUUCCCUGCUUCUGGGGUUUUAUCUGUACCUAGGCUACUACUAUUCAGCACUUCCUGAUCCUGUCCCAGCACAGGGAAAUGCUCUCUGCGCCCAUUACCCACCCCGAUCCCCCACAGCUUACCUUGCAACUCCCUCCGGUCCGGUCAAGAUGAGAUGGCUCAGUAGGCUCUGCCUUCUCAGCCAAUCACUGGUAGAGAUGAGACCCUAUGUUUAUUUUUAAGCCAGCAUGAACACUAAAAAAAAUAAAAUAAAAAGUACUCAAAAAAGCAGAAGUUAUUGAUAAAAUUAUCUUUAAACAUAUGAAUAAAUUAUUGUACUUAAUUAAUAUAAAAUAAAUCCUUCAUAAUUACUGGAAAAUAUCACAAAUUAUAAAAUAUAAUUAUAAUUCUAUGUAUAAAUUUGAUGGUAAUUUUUUUAAUUAUGUAUAAUUAAUUCAUAUUGAGUAUAUUGAUUAUUUUAUCAAUAAUAUUUUUCAUUUUUUAUGUACCUAUUUUUAUUUUAUUUUGUAAGUUAUUUAAAAUAAAGGUUAUCCAGGGAUAGAUUUUUCUUUUAAAGAAGUGUUUAGGUUGGCUUAAAAAUAACACAGGGUCACUCACUCAAAUUAUUUUAUUUGAUCAAUUAAUAACCUGUUUUUGUAAGGUAUUAUAAAUAAUAACACAGAUCAAUGCAAAAUGUCAACCCUUAAAACAAUAUUAUGGUCACUCGACCAGUGCUUCUCAACCAGGGUGACUCCAGCUGUUGCCAAACUUCAACUCCCAAAAUGCUGUCCGGGUAUGCUGGAAGUUGUAGUUUUGCAAUAGCUGGAGGCACCUUGGUUGGGAAGCACUUUAUUAGACAAAGACUGGCUGCUCACUUGUGCUUGAACCAUUGAACAAGAUUUUUCUUCUUUUUUUUUUUUCAUUUCUCCAAAAAUAUAUGGAAAAAAAAUAUUUUUUUUUUAUUUAACUAAAUUUAGAAAUUGCAAGAUUUUUGUGUUUCAAAACAAAAUUUAAAUUUGUGUAAAGAAAGUCAUUUUGAGAUAACAGCAUUUUAAAAUAUAUUGUAUUUUUUAUUAUAAAUAGAUAUGUUUUUCUUCCUAUGUAAAUAUGACUGUAAAUAAUGUAUCACUUAUGCAUCGGUAUGUUAGCAUUUUUUAACUAAAGGAAAAUAGCUGUAAAUAUUGUUUUCCAUAAGUCCAAUAAUAACCUUUUUGUAUUGUUUUAAUGAAACCUGUUUUCGGGUUCUAUACAGUCUGUGAAUAUUUGUGUAUAUAGAAGCAGAUGGGUUCUCGGCCUUUUUGUUUUGCAUGUAUACAUAUCAUUGUACCAUGGGGGGGAAAAAUGUACAGAAAUUAAAAUUUUAUUUAAAAAAUGUCAUUUGAUUCUGCAUGUAUGAUGCAUGGGAAGAUAUCCUGUGCAUUACGGCUUCACAGGCAGGUCAGAAAAUAAUCAGAAAUAAUUUUUUUUUUUUUUUUUUUUUUUUUAUUAUUGCCCCCCCCAGGAAUAGUCUAAUAAGUGGAGGGUCCUAUUUAAUAUGAUAUGAUGUUGGAUUUCAGUGGGGAGCCCACAAUUGUAAUGUGACUGUUUAUAUAUUUUCAUUUUAUAUUAUAAAGAAAAAAAAAAAGUAAAUUAAGUAAUAUAGCAUUGCAAUAUGAAAUCUUGUAUUUUUUUUUUUUUUUUAGUUAUGGGUUCUGAGGUUUACAGAAAACUGUUAAAUUGUGUUAUUUUAAUGGAAAAUUUCUUGUUUUCCCGUGGUGUCACGAGCCUUGUAUAUAAUGCGGUGUGAUUCUUUUAUUAUUAUUUUUAUUUUUUAUUUUAGCGUUCAUUUCCUGAUGGGGAUUUGAAUAAAUAUU